UCGAGCUGUGCGGUAGCAUUUUGGAACAUCCCCUGCGGAUAACUAAGGCUUACUGGUAAUUGGUUUGUGAAAGUUGCUAGCACCCAGCACCGCCGUUUGCCCCGUUUCGGGUCCCGCCACUUGUCCCCAGAGUGGGGUGAUUUAAAUUUGUGAAAAGUGUUUAGAAGAAGAAAAAUAAAAAAAAUUGGUGAAGUAAGAAAAGAUUCUACAGGUGAUUCGGCGGUUUCCACCGAGCAAAUCGGUCUCAAGAAUCAUAAAGUAAUUUGAAGCAAGAUAGGACAUUAUGCAUACUUUAACUCCCGAGUGAAAACGAGAGAUAAAUUAUUGAUUUUCUCCUGUUCGCACGGGUUUUUUCCUGCGUGCAACCUCCUGACAUCCAGGUGAGAAGAAGCAAUUUUUCAUCGAAAGUGCGUUCGUUCUAGGAAGUGAGCGGAAGCAAAGUUUGUUGGAUCGGAGCUGAUGCGUAAAAUUGGUCAGUGAUAAGGUUCGGAAAUACGCAAAUAAUAAUACACUUGUUAACCCAAUAGCUUUGGAAAAUUGAAUUUGAUAUCCGUUAGCCGCAACUAGUGAAAAGGUGUUUUUCGGUGUCAGUGCUAUUGAGGAUAUUCCUGGAAGGUCUGGCCACUGCGGAGCGAACAUUUACGGAAGAAAACGUACACCAGAGGCAGCAGAAAUACGAAGAAUCAUCUCGAUUGUAAUCACCAUCUUCACGAAUUAAGACAGAUCAUCUGUUUUAAACCUGAGUUCAGCGCAGCUUAGUUAUAAUUGGAUUUCAUUCCAUCAGGAACAGAGUAAUGCAUUGAAAAUAAAAAAAAGUGAAGUGUAUUUUUUGUUCGACAGAAAGCCAUACCCGGUUGACUGAUUCUUGGAAAUUUAAUAUUUUAUCAAACCCAACAGUGCCGUCACGGUUACGUCUACUGGGGAAAAACAACGGAACACAAAAAAGAGUUCCCUCUGGACAAAUCGAGAAAAUUCCUGGAAGCUGUAAAAAAAUACAAAAACCAACGCAAAGUAUUAAUUAACCGCGUACAGUGGAUUGCUGGACUGGCGUCUGAGGGGCAUCCCAAAGUGCGGAUUUUAUAUCCGAAAGUCGAGCCUUGAACAACCGAGCAAACAAAAAAAAAAAUACGCCAUUAAUUAGAGUGAAGCGAAAUCGAGCAGAAGGUCGAUGCUCAAUCCAACUCCCGUCAUCGAACCGUCAAGAGAAAGUUUUUGCCACGACCGACGACGACGCGGGGAGCAAAUCGAAUUUACGUCGUGCACUUUUGAUGGGCAACCAGUGAAUUUCGGUCCCGUUCGAUAAUUGUAUCAAAACAGAGUGUUUGUCUUUGAAGUGGGUGCUCGCAGUGUCGCAGUGCUGCUCGGUGUGGAAAGUGCGGUGCUGUGGGGUGACCGGUCGGGAAAUUGAUGCUCGACAAGGGAAAGCUGCUAGUGUAGAGCGUACGGCUUGCUCAUCAACGGAUAUUUUUUGGGUGGCUUUGUGCAACCGGGGUCGUUCAAUAAUUACAGCCAAGCGUAGGAGGGAUUGUUCGCAAGUGAUUAGAAGUUGAUCGUGACAGAUUUUUGUGACCGCAGUGAGUGACGUGAUACGCGCCGAGAUAAAACCCAUCGCUCGCCGGGACACCCACAUCGUCUCUGUCCUACGUGGUGGACCCGGUCUCUGUCGUCUAUUUUCCGAGCACUUUUCCGUCUUCGGAAAGCUUCUUCCCUGGCGAACGGAUCCCCCCGAAGGCCUUUCAACAUUCCGCUUUUCCAAUUAAAUGUUAUGCCGGCCGCGACCAUGUUUUCCAAGUUCAAAAGCAGCAGCACCAGCGCCCCUCCGCCGAACCCCUACGACACCAACCCCAUCACCCAGUACUUUGAGAUUGGGAAACAGAUCGCCUGUGCCGGCCCGGAACUAGUGUGGAAGAUCCACGAGGGAUACCGAAAGACCGAUGGGAAGGAAUGUUCAAUCUUCGUGUUCGAGAAACGUACAGCCGAGAAGCUACACAAGCCCAAGCGGAAAGACUUGGUCACGGAGAUCCUGCGAGCAUCAGUCAAACAGCUCGAGCGGUUUCGGCAUCCCAAAAUCCUACAGAUAAUGCACACCGUCGAGGAAAGUUCGGAAACCCUUUCUUUCGCCACCGAGCCCGUCAUCGCCAGUUUAGCGAACGUACUAGCAUAUCAGGAAAGUGCGGGCACAGCACCUGGUCCGCCCAGUACAGGUGCCUCCCAGCAGAUGCAGAACAGUUCCCCCGCCAACAGACCUCUUCACGCCAAGGAAUACAGCUUCUUGGAUAUCGAACUUAAAUAUGGCAUCCUUCAGAUCACAGAAGCUCUGUCGUUCCUGCACUACUCGGGCCAGGUGAUACACCGGAACGUGUGCCCCUCCUCGAUACUGAUAACAAAAAAGGGUACCUGGAAGCUGGCGGGAUUCGAGUUCACCGAACGAGUGAAUGAAACCGACGCCACCGAUCCAGUACCGUGCCAAUCGUGGUCCACCCGCACAUCCAAAAUGGUGCAGCCCAAUCUGGAUUACAUGGCACCUGAGAACCAAAUCAACUCCAACUGCAGCAUAUUGAGCGAUAUGUUCUCGCUCGGAAUGGUGAUAUGUGCCAUAUUCAACCACGGGAGACCGUUAAUACAAUCGGGGAAUUCGCCUCCUGCUUAUAUCAAACAGAUGGAAACGUUAGACGAAGCAGUACACAACAUUCUGCCGCGAAUACCAAUCCCACUGCAAGAAGCAACAACUAGACUACUCAAGAAAUCACCCGGUGCUCGGCCUACAGCUCAACUUCUAACACUCAUCAAAUAUUUCAGUGACCCAGCCGUACAAGCUCUACAGUUUCUGGACGUCAUCAACAUGAAGGAUCCCACGCAGAAAACCCACUUCUAUCGGAGCACGUUGCGGGAGGUGCUUCCCUUCGUACCGCGGAAACUGUGGUGGCAACACAUCUGGCCUAAUCUACAGCAGGAAAUGCGUGCUGAUGAAGUGCUGGCUGCAGUCCUACAACCCGCUCUAACCCUGGUCCAGGAAUCGUCAAACAGUGAAUACGAAGCAAUCAUUUUACCAACUUUUAAGACUGUUUUUGUAGCCCCUAAAUCUAUUCAGGCAACCGUAGCGUUACUAGAGAAUCUGCACAUAAUCCUAGAGAAAACACCCCGGGACGACAUCAGGACGGAAGUGCUUCCGUUGCUGUUCAAUGCGCUCGAAAGUACAACGAUACAGGUGCAGAGUGCUGCACUGGUGGCGGUGACGAACGUGUACGACUAUCUGGACGACAUAACGAUAAAAAAAUUGGUGCUACCCAAACUGAAAUCGGUUUUCGAGAAGAACCAAAGCGAUCUCAAGAUAAUGGGAAACGUGCUGCAGUGUGUGGAGCGAACGCUAGACAAGCUCGACAAAUCCCAGAUCAUAGACGAAGUACUGCCUUUGCUACUCGAAGUUAGGUUAACGGAUCCGGAUAUUAUCGUUCGAGUAGUUAAUAUCUACCGGAUUAUGUUAUGUGAUAAAAAGUACGGACUCACCGUAAACACCAUGGCCACCAAAGUGAUGCCGACCCUCCUGCCACAGACUGUGAAUCCCUCGCUGAAUCUCGAGCAAUUUAUGAUACUUCUGGAGGUUCUCCAGGAGAUGCUGGACCAAAUCGACAGACAGCAGCGAAACAAGCUGAAAUUGGACAACCUCUCGCUUCCCUCGCCGGACCGCCAUCGGCCGCUGCGGCAUCAGUUCUCGUCGGACAACAUGAACGUGCAGCAGUUCAACAUUCCGAACCUGCGAAUCGACCAGCGGAAGACUUCCAGCGCCGAGGACAUGGCGCGGAAGAACUCAACAGGUUCGGGUGCUCUAGGUAGCUGGUGGUUUGGCGGAUCGCCCUCGUCCCCGGACAGCAACUUCCUGCGGGUGGUGAACGCAUUCCCGAAUCGACGCCUGUCGGACAACACACUCAUGACGCCCAAGAUCCGGAUCGCUCCCUCGUGUGCCUCGUCGCCGGGUGGCACUCCUGGUGGUGGUUUACCAAUAAGGCGACACUCAAGCAUUGGACCCCAGGAAAGACGAAGCUCGCAUACAAACCUGUCGCCACCAACGCUUUCACGGAGCAUGAUCGGCGGCUCGAUGCCAAAUACGUCUAGUAGCGUACCGUUCUUGCUCUCGUCCAGCAUGCAGUCGAUCCGUAGCCGCCGAACCUCGACGGUGCUCACUUCCGGCCCGCUCGGGUCCGGUUCGGGUCUGCUGCAGCAGCUCGGUUCCGGCAUGUCGUCGAAGCUUGAAUCCAAACUAGCCAACAUCAAACCGCUCGAUCUGCUGACGUAUUCGCCAACUUCGCGACGCAACAGUACGGCCGCAGGUUUCCAACGGAGCUUUCAAAAGAGUCAGAAAAAAGCGCUCAAAAAUUUACGCAAGAGUUUCAAGCUUUGAACGAAACGCCCAGGUCCGACGAACAGCCAGUACCAAGCUAUUAUUGAUGAGACUGACGAGCCUGCCAAACCUUCGGUGCGAUUCGGUUGGACCAACUGGGCCUGGCCUGUGAUUGCAAUUCACGUGAUAAGAUAUCUAAGAGAUUACCUUAGGACCAUCAUCUGCAUCAAUGGAAAUCAAACCAACAACUAUAACAACAAAAACAACAUCAACUUUCAAAACCGACAACACCAGAGCGAUAGUCUGCAGUAUUCUGUUCGUAGUGCUGUAUUCGUGUAACUUUGUACAUUCCUAAGCUUAGCUAGCGCCAAAAAAAAACCGUUUAACACACCUUCGCACAUCAACGUUUUCUGUUAUGUGGAUGGAUGUACGAUACCAAAUUGGCGAACUACUUGACCAAUCAGAUAAUAUUGCUAGUUAACAAAACAUUUUUGUACCAUGCAAGCGACCACACAUUUGUAACUGCUAAUGAUUACAGUAUUUGAACCAAGAACCAAAUUCUGAACACCAAAAACUUCAAAUCAGUACUGGAAAAAGUUACCAAAAACCGACCGCGCUCCUCUUCCCUCUUUAGCGUGUACAAUGAUCGCUAGUACGGUAGUUUUUCGAAUGCCCCGGCAUCCGGUGCACAGUCAAGAAAUUCCAUUUUCUAAGCCAAAAUGCCAUUUGCCAACCAUACGCUCCCAUGUGUGUGUAGUUUGAUACCAAGUAAAAAAUACCAAAUAAGAACUCCACACCAAAUCAAGCAAAGCAUGAAGACGAUGCCAAGCACUGUCUCUGAACCAGUUGUGAGUGUCCGAAACCCGUAUACGGUCCGAAUUAGCCCCAACCGGAGGUAAGACCCGUAGGCCGCUCGUUGCCGUAGCCUUUGAAAGUAAAUUAACCAAAAAAAAAACCGUAGAAGUAUUCCAUACCGUAGUAGCCCCGUUUGGCAACCGUAUUCGUAGUUUCUGGUUCAUACACGAACGUACAACCACCGCAUCGAUCAGUGGCCUUUCUUUUGUACUGUCCUUUCACUGAAGGAAACCCAUCGUAGCUGUACAAUCCCUUCCUGUCUCCCCCCAUAGAUAUCUGUUACUCAGUGCGGAAGUAUUUAACAUAGAUAUACCGUAGAACAAUUGGUUCAUCGAGCGAUAGUAGAUGCAAUUGGCUAGCUUCUAUUUUACUCGGAAGAUUUCCAAAUUUAGAAGAUGUAAUUUUCGGUAACAAAAUGUUCAGGGUAUCAGUUUCGUAGAUGUCGGUUUUCUAGGAAAUAUAUUAGCCGCUGAAUUUGUACCAUUCUGUAAAUAUGUUAUAUAAUUUUGUGCAUGUUUCAAUUAUUUGAAAAUAUUUUUAACCUAGAUGUAAUUUACGUGUUUAAUCUUGUCGUUAUACAAAAUGCAUUUUAAUUGAUAGCUAUUUUAUUUAAUAUUUCGUCAAAUAGAUGUGAA